AUGACCACCCCGGCAGGCUCGGGCACGGGCUUCGGCUCCGUGUCAUGGUGGGGCCUGUCCCCGGCGCUGGACCUGCAGGCCGAAAGUGAGUCCCCCACUCAGGACCCCAGCUCCCCGACGCGGUGGCUGCCCACACGCCCUUGCCUGCCCUCCUCUGGGCGCCGUCCUCUUCCAGGUCCUCCUGCGGACCCCUGCUCUCCGGCAGACACCGGGUGCGGGACCCCCGAGCUGCAUGUGCUGUUGCUGGGCUCCGUGGACGGGCGGCACCUGCUGCGGACCCUGGCCCGGGCUGCCCUCUGGCCCCGCAGGAGGGUCAACUUCUAUGUACUGGAGAGUAAUCUGGAAGCUGUGGCCCGCCACAUGCUAAUCCUCAGCCUAGCACUGGAAGAGCCUGAGAAGAUGGGACUGCAAGAGCGGAGCGAGAUCUUCCUGGAGGUGUGGGGGAACGCGCUGCUGCGCCCCCCGGUGGCCGCCUUCGUGCGCGUCCAGGCCGCCAGCCUGGCGCACCUGAUCCCGGAACCCGACCGCCUGGCGGAGCAGCUGCCCUGGCUCAGCCUGGGCGCCCUCAAGUUCCGCGAGCGCGACGCCCUGGAGGCCGUGUUCCGCUUCUGGGCCGGCGGGGAGGAGGGGCCCGCGGCCUUCCCCAUGGGCCGCCUCUGGGACGCGCGGCUGCGCCACUACCUGGGCUCCCGCUACGACGCCCGGCGCGGCGUCAGCGACUGGGACCUGCACAUGAAGCUGCACGACCGCGGGGCCCGCGUCAUCCACACCCGCGAGUUUCGGCGCUGGAGGGACACGGGUGUCGCCUUUGAGCUCAGAGACGCCGGCGCCUACCACGCGCCCAACCGGACGCUGGCGUCUGGCCGCCUGCUGAGCCACCGAGGGGAGCGCGUGGCAGCGCGAGGGUACUGGGGGGACAUCGCCACGGGGCCCUUUGUGGCCUUCGGCAUCGAAGCGGAUGACGAGAGCCUCCUGCGGACCAGCAACGGGCAGCCCGUCAAGACGGCGGGCGAGAUUACGCAUCACAACGUGACCGAGCUGCUCCGGGAGCUGGCCGCCCGCCCCCGGGGAGAUCCUGAGCCGGUGCCGCCCGGCGAAGGAAGCCCAGAGCCUGGUAGGCCAGCCACUGGCCCAGAACUCUUCACUGUCCACUUCCUGCCCCUCGGCUCUGCCCAGACUCUACACCACAAGAGCUGCUACAAGGGACGGUUCCAGCUUCUGUACAUGGCCUGUGGGAUGGUUCAUCUUCUCAGUCCUGAGCUCGGGGCCUGUGUAGCCCCGGGAGGGCACUUGGUUGUGGAAUUAGCCCGGUACCUGGUGGACCUGCGGUCGGAGCAGCUGCAGGAGUUCUCCUCGCGGGCGGCGGAGCUCGCUCAGGCAGCCGGAUUUGCCGCACAGCCCGGGGCCAGGUCCUCCGAGACCUUCUUGCGCUUCUGCAAGUCUGGGGACUCCGCUCCAGGCCCAGUGGUGCCAGCCCUGGAGCCCCGGACUCCGCCCCUAGGCGCCCAGGCUCCGCCCCCGGAGGCCUCGACUCCGCCCCCGGAGGCCCGGAAGACCUCGCCUCUGCGGGGCCGGGCCCCAGCCUCUGAGCCAGCCGCGCCCGCCCCCGAGCCUCAGGCUUCACUCUCCAAGGUUCUGGCUCCACCCCAGAAAGCUUUGGCUCUGCCUACGGAGGGUCAGUCUGAAGGGACCCGCAGAGACCAAGCCCCCCACAUGGGACUUCUAAACGCAGGUCCUGAUUAGAGCCAGCCCCUCCCCCAGCCCUCCUUUCCAGCUCCCAGUCUGGCGCUCAGCAUUCUCACCCGCCCGAGGGCAGCUAGGACUUCAGCGGGCAGCUAGGACUUCAGAUUCCGUUCCUGGGACUCCGCAUUCCACCCCUCAGAGCUCCACAUUCCGCGGGGGAGAUGCUUAACCGGGGAGAGAUCCCACCCUGGCUGCAGGGCCCUGCGCCCGUCCCUUGGCCGGGUUCUCCUCCCUCCGCGGCUCGGCAUCCCGCGGGCCCAGUAAAGACGUGGGUUGUCUUCUCAGGGUCUGCGUGUCUCGCCUGUCCUCAGUGCGGCUCCUGUUGGGAACGGGCAGGGGCAGGAGCGGGC